AAGGGUAGAGUAGGCUAUAGUCAGAUCAUUCGUAUUCCUAUUUUACUUUUGUUGCUGUAAUUGCUGCUUAAAACGAUCAUCAAUCAUGUCAGGUCGAGGAAAGCAGGGAGGUAAAGUGCGAGCUAAAGCAAAGUCUCGCUCCUCGCGGGCUGGGCUGCAGUUUCCUGUGGGCCGUGUGCACCGGCUGCUCCGCAAAGGUAAUUAUGCUGAGCGGGUGGGGGCUGGAGCUCCGGUCUAUAUGGCCGCGGUGCUGGAGUAUCUGACCGCUGAAAUUCUGGAGUUGGCUGGCAAUGCGGCGCGAGAUAAUAAGAAAACCAGGAUCAUCCCCCGUCACCUGCAGCUCGCCAUCCGUAAUGAUGAGGAGCUCAACAAGCUGCUGGGAAAAGUGACGAUCGCUCAGGGGGGUGUCCUGCCCAACAUCCAGGCCGUGCUGCUGCCCAAGAAAACCGAGAGUCACAAGGCCAAGAGCAAGUAAAAGCUGAAAAAGAAUCUUUUCUCAAAAAAAAAACCCCAAAGGCUCUUUUCAGAGCCACCCACGAAAUCAAAAAAUGGCUGUGUUAUCCCUGACUUUAUUAGUAGUAAACGAUAUGUUAAUAAAAAGCUAUGUUUUUACUAUUAUUCUGAAAUAUUAACCAGCAGCAGUUAGGUUUGGUUGUAGG